AACCGGCAUAUUCAUACCUUUACAGCAGUCAACGAAGCAAUACACGAUGUACAAAUCACCGCAAGUGUUCGCCGCUGCCCUGUUAGUGUUGGGCUUGUCGUCGGCAGUCGUCUAUGGCGUCAUCUACGAUCGACCCUGCCGGACGGAGAUCUCGGUGGUGCAGAACUUCUGCCUGGACCGGUACCUGGGCAAGUGGUACGAGUUGCAGCGCUACGAGCAGCCCUUCCAGACCAAGGUUGACUGCACCACUGCCAACUACGGCCUGCUGGACUCGGCCACGGUGUCCGUUCGGAACUCGGCCUUCAGUCUGAUCAACGGAACCUCUUCCGAGGCCAUCGGCACCGCCGUGCUGUCCUUCCCCGAGCAGGAGAUCGUCCAGGCCAAACUGAACGUGUCGUUCUUUGGAGCACCCAACGAUCGGUCCAACUACUGGGUGAUCGAUACGGACUACGAGAACUUUGCGAUCGUGUGGUCCUGCGAACCGCUGCCACAGGACCAGUCCAGCGAAGGGUUCUGGUUCCUGUCGCGGGAGCGCAAGUUCACCGACGACAAGGACGCCAACGAGCGGGCGUUCGGUGCGAUCCGGAAGUACAUCGAUCAGAGCGAGAUCCGGUUCACGAACCAGGCGGACGAGCGGUGUCCGGAUUUCAAUCUCCCGUGCGCAAUGAUCUAUUCGAGCAUUUUAUUUCCGAAAAGCCAAAUUUUACAACCAGCGAGCAGCUCCAAUAAGUGUUCACUUUGCCGCGUUGGUGACUCUAUAAAACAAACCCACCGGGUCGGAACUGACCGACUGUUACGUGAGAACGCUAGUCGCCGAACUAUGAAAUCGCUGGUGGUACUUUCGAUCGUGUUGGCCACGGUGGCCACCACUUGCCGGGCCCAAAUCAUCUCCCUUGGCCAGUGCGCAGUGCCCGACGUUGUGGAGAACUUUAACGUGAGCGCUUAUUUGGGGAAGUGGUACGAGAUCGAGCGUUACGAGCAGGUCUUCCAGCGUAACGGAGAGUGCGUUACGGCAACGUACAGCCUCAACGAUGAUGGUUCCGUGCGGGUUGAAAACGCCAUGCUGGUGCCGCCGAGCGGCAAGUUCGACAUUGAUAUUGGCCGGGCUUUGCUGUCCUUCCCCGACGAGGAUCCACUGCGGGCCAAGCUGAACGUUAGCUUCGGAGGAAUGCCGCCAAUUGCGUCCAACUACUGGGUCCUGGACACCGACUACGAGAGCUUCGCCUUCGUGUUUAGUUGCUUCCCCGUUGGAAAUACUCUGAAAGGCGACAACUACUGGCUGCUAUCGAGAACCCCCGAGCUGUCGCCGGAAGUUCGGGACCGCGUUGAAGUGUUGAUCGACUUGUACCUGAAUCGACGUCACAUUCGUAGAACCCGCCAUAAUCUGUACUAUUGCCAGGAAAAUAUUGAAACAACCAGCGAGGCAGCGCCGGAAAGUCCGAAACAGUUUCCCAAAAUGGCGGAACGGAGCAAACGAGUCAAUGGUUAAGGGCAAAGCAAUUUGUGGUAGAUGCUUACACAUUUAGGAAAAAUAAUUAUGUUGUACAUAAAUGUUCUGAUCACAAAACAGUAAA